UGGUACCCCCUAAUAUUACCACAUGUAUUAAGUUUGGAAAUAUGUGCAGUUUAUUGUUACGGGAUGUGAGUCAGUUGGUUUUAGGCUUUCCGAAGCAUCGUUCAUUUACUCAAAUCACGACCUUAUUAUGAGUUACUAAUGUGUCACAGACCCAAACCUAUAAGACCGGAUAAAACUACGUCACUUCACUAGUAUUUUGUGUCUUCGAAAGCUUAUUGGAUUGGAACAUUUUAAAAUCUUCUUCAUAUUUUUUGAAAAUACGAAGGAAGUUAUGCAGCGGGACGACAAUGCUGUUUACGAAAACUAUGAAGGAGUUAAUGUUGAAAAUCAAUGUGCAAGACAGCAACCGGAUAGGAAAGAAGGUUUAAGUUCUUCUAAGAAGGCUUGCAUCGGAAUUGCUUUAUUUUACUUCGUUGCGUCAUCUGUUCUUGGCAUUUACGCCUUUAUAAGGGUUGUGUCUUUAUCAGACACAAGCGUGCACGACAGACAAAUAGAUCAGGGGAUUGACUUGUCAAAUGUUUCAACCCCAGAACCAUUACAGGACCUACCUAACUUGAAUACAGACACGACCAGCAAUGUACCGAAUCUAAGAUGGGUGCCGGUUGGAAACGGUUACCAAUACUACCUUGGAACGCAACUCGGAAAUUACUCCGAGUCACGGAAAUUUUGCAAAUCAAUUGGAGCAGAUCUGGCAGCAGUAGGAGUUCGGAAUGUUGAAUAUAGAAGAAUCAUCACCAAGACAGUCAUCCAAGACAAAGUCGGUAACCGCAGUGCUUGGAUAGGAAUGAAUGAUAUUGCAAGUGAAGGAAAUUGGGUUUGGAUUGACAACCGUAAAGUCAUCGCGGGAGAAUCAGACUGGGCAGAAUUUCAGCCCGAUAAUGGUGGUGGCAUUGUUCACAGACAAAACUGUGGCAUAAUGGCUUCUUACUUCCAAAUGCACUGGGACGAUGUAUCUUGUGAUGAAGCGGUAUUUGCUUUGUGCGAAAAGAGUUAACAAAAAACAUAUUUUUCGUUAAAUAGUCAGUGUAAACUCAUGUGAUGUAUUUAGUUGUAAAUGUAUUGUUUUUACAUAUAUAUAUAUAUAUAUAUAUAUAUAUAUAUAUAUAUAUAUAUAAGAUGGGGAAAAACAUAUGACACACAUUAUACUUUCUCGUUUUAAUAUUUGAUAUUAUGCACUGAAGAUGUCCCAUGACUCCCAUCUUCCCCCACCAUAUAUAUACAACAUUUUUCAAUUGCCAAAAAACUGAUUAUAAUAAGAUGCUCAUUUUAAAUGCCAUAUUCAAUAUAUAUACAUAUAAAAACUGUCGCAGAUUUGUAGUUGGCGACUUUGAAUCACUAAGCCAAUAUCAAAAUAAAAUAUUUCGCACUGUUUGAUUGUGUCUCAUAGAAAUAGUUUUGUCAGAAAAACUGAGAUAUGCAUACAUGAGAAAAUAUGUUAUACCACUAUAAAAUCAAUAUUAUGCAUGAAAAAUGAAAUUUAGUCACAGCCACUUAAAAGUAACUUGUGCGAAAUGUAAAAUAGCAACACCCAAUUUGAAGCAAAAAUACCUCUAACCUUCCGACGGGUGUAUUACAGUACUGUGUGGUAAACAUAACAUACUGCUACACUGUGCUUUUAACUUAACAAUGAAAUACUCUAGCUGUUAAACCUGUAAUAACGGCCAGUUGAGAAAUUAACGUUAUUUGCUCUUAACAGCUCUCACUGUUGAGUAUGGUGUUCAAACGCAAAAAGAAUAUUUUCAGAAUUUCCUGAAGGCAAAUUGUUAAGAUUUCCGUGGUUUAUUUUAGGUCACAACCAAACACCGGCCUUCCAUGCAAUAGCCACCGGAUCGAUGAUCGAUUUAAAAUUAUGCCGAGCGUUUCAUUAUUUAUUAACGAACAGAGACGUUCACAUCUGGUCCACGUGCAUACAAACAAAGAUAACCACUGGGGCGAAUAACUGUAUCCUUGUAGAAUCACGUAUGUUGGAGACCGGCAUAGUGACGAUCAUUGGUUUUGUGAGGGUUUGUGCUGACGUAUGAGUAUGUACAACGACCGAAAGUACGAUCAUAUAAAUAUCAUAGGCGGUAUGUACAGGAUAAAGCAUUAAAACAGGUAAGGUGUGCAGCUGGAAGCAGUUCGGUGGUGAUUCGGUUGCACUGCACAGCUAGUUAAGGUAAGGUCGAACCGAUUCAAACUAGUUCACGUUCGGCCUGAAUUUUUAACGAAAUUGGAAAACACCGGCUGGAAAACAGACGGACC